GUAUUGAUAGUUUGGGAUUCCUGUAGUCUUCGUAUAAUGUUAGUUUGGGUUUCCUGUGUAAUUUAUGAACGCAAAGUAUCAUGGAUGUCAAAAUGGUGAUCGGCGCAGUGCAUACUGGGAAGGGUCCUCUUUCCUUCUUAUCGCCAACAUGGCUCGUGGCCCAAAGAAGCACCUUAAGCGUCUCAAUGCUCCCAAACAUUGGAUGUUGGAUAAAUUGUCUGGUUCAUUCGCACCUCGUCCUUCCCCAGGCCCACACAAGUUGCGUGAAUGUCUCCCAUUGGUUAUCUUCCUGCGUAACCGCCUCAAGUAUGCCUUGAAUUACGAAGAAGUCAAGAAGAUUGUCAAGCAAAGACUAAUUAAGAUUGAUGGCAAAGUCAGGACAGAUGUGACUUUCCCUGCAGGGUUUAUGGAUGUGAUCUCCAUCGAGAAGACAGGAGAGAGCUUCCGUCUGCUCUAUGAUGUUAAGGGACGUUUCACCGUCCAUAGGAUCACUGGUGAAGAAGCCAAGUACAAGCUUGGGCGUGUGAAACGCAUUGAUGUGGGUGCUAAAGGUGUACCAUACUUAGUCACCCAUGAUGCCCGUACCAUCAGAUACCCAGAUCCCCUGAUCAAGGUGAACGACACUGUUGUUGUUGACAUCAAGACCGGCAAGAUCAUAGACUUUAUCAAGUUUGAUACUGGCAACAUGGCUAUGAUUGUUGGUGGUCGUAACAUGGGCCGUGUAGGAAUGGUCACUCACCGUGAGAGACACGCAGGUUCAUUUGACAUUGUUCACAUCAAGGAUGCCACUGGCCAUCAGUUUGCUACUCGAUUGACCAACGUCUUCAUCAUUGGCAAGGGCAAUAAGCCAUAUGUGUCUCUACCUAAGGGCAAGGGUAUCAGGCUCAGCAUUGCUGAGGAGAGAGACAGGCGGUUCGCAGAGAAGGCAAAAAUGUAAAUUGAAUAUCAAUUAUGAACGUAAGAAAAUAAAAGAACGUCUUACUGAGAUGUUGUAUCUCUG